GCUCUUUUGCGCCUUCAUCGCCUUUGUUUUCAGCUUAAGUUGGUGUGUAUGAUAUUCAAUUGAACCUUAUUGACGCAAGUGCAGCUUCAGUAGGGCAAUUCUUCUAGCAGAGGCAGUUAUCCACAUUUGCUUUGCCUUCUAUGGCAAUCAUCGCUGGCAUCAGCCAAGGCUUCGCAGCAGUCGCGAACAUCAUCAUUCUUAUUGCGAUGUGUUGGUCAUUGCGUCCAGCACAUUAUCCGGACAUGCUUCAGCCUGAGGGAGUGUUUGAAAACCUUGUCGUGCUGUUUGUUUGCCAUGGCCUAGGACUCGUCAUUAUUCAUCUAAUGUAUCUUGGCACAUUUGUUGCUUUACCAGGAAAACCAUACUGGAUAGCAGUCCAGAUGGUGGCGCCCAGGGUUUACACCAAUGCUGUCCUGGGACUCUUGAAUACCUGGGAAGUCAAACACGGUGUCGGUCUCAACGAAGAAGAGACCUUGUCUGAUCGACACGAAUCUCAAAACGAUCCUUUCCCAGGUCAGCUCCGUUUUCACGACAUAAAGACAACACAGCAGUCAUUGAGCUUUUUGCGCCAGGGAGAGACCGGUUGGGGUAGUGAAAUCGAGGAAGCACGCAAGUCGUAUGGUGUUGACAGAUUAUACAGGAGUCCAUUAGUUCUCAUUGCAGCGAACAAAACACUUAUGACAAGGCAAGCUUAUCAUGAUGCAGAAUGUCUGAUUCGCUGGUUUGCACGCUUAUUAGUAUCCACUGCACUAACCGUUGCUGUCGUCCCUCCCGCACUUGCUUUCUUUGCUUUUGCUCCUCAUUUGUAUCAUAUUGCUGUUGGUGUUACAGUCGACACAGUGCAUACUACUUUCUACAUUCGUCCUUGCCUCUUGAAGUAGCUCGGACUUGG